AUGGUUCUCUCGUUUGGUUUGCAGGACUUCAUUCUCCGAGCUCGAGUGCUGAAGCUGUAUAGGCAAGCACUAAGAACUACAAGGAGAGCACCUGGUGACGCUAGAGCUGACCUGAAACAAACAAUUAGACAAGAGAUGGAGAAUAACCGGCAUUGCAAUGACAAGCAAAGGAUUCGUUUUCUCAUCAGUGAAGGAUUAGAGAGAUUAAAACGUCUGGACGAGAUGCUCGAUAUGCAGGGACAUUCCCAGUGGACAUAACUGGGCACAUGUUGUGCAGAUGAUAUUCUGUGUUUCAAGAAACUGUAUUAAAUUUGUCAGUUUUAUGUUUUAUAAUUGAUAUUGUGUAACACAUGAACAAUAAAACCUUAAUUGCUUGUUUUGAUGCUUUCGCCUUUCGCAGUGGUGAUUGCCAGAAAAAUGCAGUGUCCGGGUUCAGGGCGAGUUUGCCUCUA